GUCCUGCAGUCUCUCUCCCUCUCUCAGGAAAGAGCCACUCCUUGCUCUACAGCACAACCAUGACCAGCUUCAGCAGUUUUACCUCCUCAGGUGGUUCCUUCAGCGGGGGCUCCUUUCGGGGUCCCGGUAUAGGUGGAUCAUCUCGGCUUUCCACGAUAAGCAGUGGUGGUAGCCACCGCUUGAUGGUUGGACGUGCCCCCAGUAUGUAUGGUGGUUCUGGAGGAUCUGGUGUGCGCAUCUCCACUGUCUCCAGCUCCAUACGUGGUGGUGGAGGUGCUGCAGGCCUAGGUUUUGGUAGUGGAGCAGGCUUUGGCUUUGGAGCUGGUGGAGGAGCUGGUGGAGGAGCCGGGUUUGGCUUGGGUGGGGGUUUUGGUGGUGAAGAUCUGGGCAUUGUGACAGCCAAUGAGAAGGCCACCAUGCAGAACCUGAAUGACCGUCUGGCAUCCUACCUGGACAAGGUACGCACCCUGGAGAAGGCCAAUGCUGACUUGGAACUGAAGAUCAGACAGUUUAUGGAAAACAAGGCCUCCCCUGCUGCCAGAGACUACUCUGCUUAUGAGGCCACCAUAAAGGACCUGCAGGAUAAGAUACAGGAUGCUGCCAGAGAUAAUGGAAGCAUCUACCUGAGCAUUGAUAAUGCUAAACUGGCAGCAGAUGACUUCAGAACCAAGUAUGAGAAUGAGUUGGCCAUGCGUCAGUCAGUGGAGGCAGACAUUGCUGGGCUUAGGAGACUCCUGGAUGAGCUGACACUGACAAGGUCAGACCUGGAGAUGCAGAUUGAAGGCCUUAAGGAUGAGUUGAUCUUCCUCAAGAAAAACCACGAGGAGGAACUGGAAGCAAUGCGUAAUACAAUGUCAGGUAGUGUGAACGUGGAAGUGGAGGCAGCACCUGGGGAAGACCUGAACCGUGUCCUGGAUGAGAUUCGUGAGCAGUAUGAAGCUGUGGCUGCCAAGAACCGGCGUGAACUAGAGGGCUGGUUCCAGGCCAAGAUCGAUAAUCUGAACAAGGAGGUGACCGCCAGCUCAGCGAAUCUUGAAACGUCCAAGUCAGAGGUCACUGAAGUCAGACGCACUUUACAAGGCCUGGAGAUUGAGCUACAAUCCCAACUCAGCAUGAAAGCAUCUCUGGAGGGCGCUCUAGCAGAUACAGAGGGGCGCUACUCCAUGAAACUAACUGGACUGCAAGCUCAGGUAACAGGAUUGGAGCAGCAGCUGAUGGAGCUCAGAGCUGAUAUAGAGAGGCAAGCUCAGGACUACAAGCUUCUGCUGGACAUCAAGACCCGGCUGGAGAUGGAGAUUGCUGAGUACAGGAGGCUGCUGGAUGGAGAGGCUGACAGUCUCAAAACAAACAUCAGUAAAAAUUUGAUGGUGAAGACCAUUGUGGAAGAGAUGGUAGAUGGGAAAGUGGUGUCCUCCACAACUAGUUAAAUCCACUGUGCCUACAUUCAACACCAUGAUACAACCUUAAUUUCAACCAAAAUACAAUGUUAAUUUCAACAUUCACAGCAAGAGAUGCAUGAUUCAUGUGAAAUGAGAAAAUAAAAUGACUCAUGGACACAA